GUGUGAGGGGUAGGAUGUGCAUGUGAUGUUCUGUCAUAACCCAUGACUCGUACACUUACAAGUUAUAUUUUAGUAAUGGUCGGUGACAUUACUGUUACUUUACAUUGAAGUUGUCGCCGGAAAUGUGAGUGACAGGAGCGGAGAGCAAAUUUGCCAAGGAAAUUCUCGGAUGGCAGGGAUGUGAGAGAGGGCAGCCAUGCACACUAAGAACGUCAACAUAUCACAGCCUGGCCUCAACAAGAACGAAAAGAAUGCAGUUGCUGCGGUGACACUGAACGCUGCCAACCAGAGCUGCAACACCGUCAACGUUCACAAUGGUUCACUGUUAAACAUCACUGCAGCUAGUGGACACUCACUGGACACUAUGGUGUCUCAGCCAUCACUGCUGGCUCUCUCUCCUACAUAUCUACCCAUGACUUCCCCAUAUCAACCUCUACCAGUGACUUCAUCGCCGUAUCAACCUCUGCCAGUGACGUCGAAACUCCAGCAGCCAAUCACAUCAUCGUAUCAAUCCAUCCCCAUGACGUCACAGCACCAGCAGCCAAUCACGUCAACGUAUCAACACCAUCCCGUGACGUCACAGCACCAGCACUCACUCCCAACGCCGUAUCAACCCCUCCCAGUGACAUCAUCGAAUCAGCAGCUAAUCAAGUCGCCGUAUCAGGCGCUGCCGGUGACGUCAUCACAGGUGGCCACGCCCACGACGACUAUUUAUCAGCCUCCCCCUCUGCCGCCACGGGCGGCGGCCGCCCGCCACGACACUUCUAGCGGCAACCAACCCACCCCUACGGGUAAGUAAUAUGGUAGCCAACCAGUUGCUGUACUCACCUAUUUGUGGUUAAGGGGUUCGAUUCUUGGCUCCUCACCCCACAGUACUUCUUGUAGUGUCAGAAU